UGGCCGUCGAUGCGCCGACGGAGCUGUGUAUACAUAUACGUAUCAUUGCCUAUUUUUCUGUUCAUUACAGUCCAGAAGAUACAUCGGCGGAUCAUCGAGUCAUCGUUAAAUCUGUGUGUCUUAUGUAUAUACAUAUAUCGCAUACACGAGUGCAUUUCCGGGGCUGCUAGGCCGAAGUGCGGAAAAUGUAUACAUUCGCAGGAUGAAUGAGUCGUCGCAAUUAUGUACCGACGCUUUCUCCAAUUGCAUAAGCGCUAAACGAUAUUACCGUCGGAAUAAUUCACAACAAAAGUAUAAUACGCGCGCUUACACGCACUGCACAAUGGAGAGUUGUGUUUGUGUGUGUGUGUGUAUUAUGCAGGGAAUUGAAUACGACGAUUUGGAGAAAAAAAAAAAACGAGAGAACGUUUCUACGUAUAGGAAAAAGUGUUAAAAAAGGCCGUUUUCUAGGUCAACAAAUAAUCAUGGGCAUUUGCAACCGACUUGAAUUUCCACGUCGACGAGAUCCCGCUUUUAGACUGUUAUAUAGCAGUCGAAAAGCCGACGUGUCUAAUUAGCCUUGAGGUCGAUCGAACAGCCGUUUUGUUGAGCCGAUGAGGGUAUCUUAUACCUGCGCUGCGCUGCACUUUCUUCGUUUUUUAAUAAAAUUAUUAUCCUCGGCUAGACUGAAAUAAGAACCUUAUGGGAGUAGCUGAGGUUUUUUUUUCGAGAAAAAUGUUUUCGAAACAUAGUUUACCGUUUCGCAGCUGCAUCAAUGGGUUAAUUAGACGGCGAAAUAUAGAAGCGGAGAAAAAUUGUUACAAUGUAGCGGAUAACUGUGCUACUGCUGCUCCGCAAAUUACUGCGUAGCAUCGCGAACCUUUCACUGUUUUGUACAGCUUUUUUCGAAUGAUAUAUAGCGAUGAUGUUCCUGGAACUGCAUUUCAACUAGGCUAUUCUGUUUUUGCUUUUUCGAGCUAUGAAAUACAUCCUCGAUUGACAAUGUUUGCCGGUAUUUAUAGAUUUGGGUUAAAAAUAAGAUUAUACCACUAUACCGUAUAAUCGUGAAUCGUAAAGUCGAGCCAGUGUCUUUACACGAGAGACGUAUAGCAUUUGUUUGCGAGUAUGAGCAUUGGGCACAAUGUUUAUGAUGUGACAUUGAAUUUUCAUUUUAAUAUGCUAUUUUUUAAAAUCGUACGUAAUGAUGGGUCAUUUGAACAUUUUUAUGUAAUGCAGACUUGAUUAUUUCAGAAAAAAUUGCAUUAUAUAAAGUUCGGUCUUUCCAAGUUCACAUUCCUUGUUGCAGUAAUGGCGAGUAGUUUUUAUAUAAAUAUGUUAUGCACGUAGGCUAUGUGUAAGUAUAGACGUGCUUUGAAGGGGGUCUUGUUUUUACCGAUUGUCGACGCGAGCUUUUUCGUUACCGUCGGAGUCCCGUUGAUAGUUUAUUGUGGGUCGGUAAGGUGAACGUUUGGUUUUUCGACCAACAGUAUAUCAAGGCAGAGAAUAAUUUUUCUAUAAUAAACUAUUUGUGUGCCUAAUUAUUUAUUUUCACGUGUAAAUAAUUGCAUUCGUGCAUAAACAAUAUUAUGUGUAAAAAAAAAGAUUAUCUCUUCGACGUAAAGUUUCGGCUCCCUAUUUCUUCUUGUAGCAGGAAGUGGCAUAUGUUCUGAACAUCACGUUGAUUGUCAUCAAUUACACGUGCAGUUUAUUAAUUCUUUUUAGCAGACCAUCUGUAUGCAACGCAAUAACUGAUAGCGUUGGGAAAAUCCCAAAAUUAUAAUCAGACGUUACGAGAAUUUUAGUUUUUUAUGUGGAUAAUUGUUCCGAUGAAUUUUGUGUUUUUGAAAUAUCGCACAUUAUUACUAAAAGUAAAGAUGAUUUAAAAAUGAUACCAUAUAGGAUGAAGUAAAUUGUGGCUAUUAACGUGUUCUUCAACAUAAUUAUGAAUAUAAUGUAAAUAGAGAUAGAAAUCUACAUGAAUUUGUACAAGUAAAAAAAACAACUCGGCUAAUUCAUUAUUUGCACACAUUGUUGCACGACAGUCGAUAUUUUAAUUUUGAAGCGACAACAUGAUCCCCCUACAUGUUAUUUGCCUUAUUUUCUGCGCAACACAAGUUCUUGGAACUUUUCUACCCUCAAUAGAUGAUACAUUGCAUGAAUAUGAAACGAACUGCGCUCGGGUCAGCGGCGCUACACAUUCUGCUAUCGAAAUAGCCAGAAACACCAAAAUGUUGGCUAAUACAGCUCGACUAAAUGCCUUCGCAAUGUGUAUGCUUCAACAAUUCAAUGUGAUGGACAGCAAUGGAAUUGUGAAUCCCGACGUUAUGUCCUACAGUAUCAUCUCUAAUGUGCCAAAUGCCACUGCUGGCAUUUCUCAACAAUGUAUUUCCAAAAGAGGCAUAGACGCUGUGAACACUGCGAGAAUGAUCAUGAACUGCUAUCUGAGAGCUAAUCAAAUGGUUUUGGCGCUUUCUCGUCGAGAUUGUACUUAGUGUUCUGAUUUAUUAUACUGUAUUUUUUGGUUGUAAUCAGCGAAAAAUAAACACAAUAAUAUAUUUUAAUGUGCA